ACAGCAUCACUACUGCUGCCUGACACAUCCUGUACACUUUCCUUUCUCAAUGGAGUUCCCAGUUGGACUGUGUUUGUCUGCCCUGCUCCUUAUGAGUGGCGUGGCCAAGGCGCAAAAUGAUCCUUGCUCAGCAUUGGAGUGUACAGGAAACGAGGAGUGCAUUGCAAUAAGUGGAUCCUAUGGAUGCGGCUGUCAAUCAAGACCCAACUCUGACAGCUUUGAUGCCGUCCAGUCCUGUGCGAGCAGCUCUUCUAACUUCUCCCUGUCCCGCUGUCAGCUCUUCGAGGCCGGCUUGAACGUAACCUCUCUCCACCUCAAUAACCCCAACUGCACAGGCUCGAUCCAAAACGGCCGAGUGUUUUUCUACUUCGACAACGAUCAGAAUGUCUGCGGGACAACUCUACGGAGCAACGGCACACAUUUCCUCUAUGAGAACUCCAUUCAGAAGGGUGCCGGCUCACAUGGUUUGAUCAGUCGUAAUAGCUGGGUGAACAUUAACUUCUCCUGUGUGUACCCACUCAUCCAGAGCAUCUCCAUGCCCAUGGCCAUCCAGGCCGCAGAGAGUGUGGUGUUCAAGGAGUUCCUGAAUCAGGGAUCAUACCAGUUGCGCAUGGUCCCAUAUCCCAAUAAUUCCUUCGUCGUUCCCUAUUCUGGAAAUGUCACAAUUGACACAAACCAGAAGAUCUUUGUGGCUGUGGAGGUGGAUGGAGUCGACAGCAGUCAGAUUUCUACCUUGUUGGACCACUGCUGGGCCACGCCCUCUGAUGACAUGAACCAGAACAUCCGCUGGGACCUGAUCAUCAACGGCUGCCCAAACCCUCGAGAUGGCACUGUAGAGGUUCUGCAGAAUGGCAAUUCCACGUCUGCCCGCUUCUCCUUCAAGAUGUUCACCUUUACGAGCGUCUCUGACAGAAUCUAUCUGCACUGUGAGGUGCACCUCUGCCUGCAUAACUUGGGCUCGUGUGAACAGUCGUGCAACCCUCAGACCAGACGAAAACGCCGUUCUCUCAACCGCCUUGAGCCAGCUGCCGUCACCAUGGCUUUCUGAUGAGUUCAGAACUUCAUCUGAUUCCAGAACGCAGCAUGUACGACGUUCUAGGCUAAAGAACAAUUACUAGUGCUAACAUGAACUCUUGGGUGGAAUUGUUUUCUCUUUCAUUGUAGCUUUAACAUGUCAGACUGUGUCACUUUUGGGGAAAAUUUUAAACAUUGCAGUAAAAAAAGUUCUGAUGGAGGGAAAGUUGGGCUCUCAGGGAAACUCAUGCUGCCUCAUUAUAGCAUCUUGAAAUUCAUUAAAAGAUAAAAAGUGAAAUAUAAA